CUCUUAAUUGUCCGGUGCGACCAAGUUCUUUUUUUUUCUCCCUCUUCUGCCUUCUCUUUUUCCUUGUUAGAUAUGCGUUCAUUUUUUCGCUAAUGUAUUAAGUGGUCACGUGGUGUAGAUCGAUGAUUUGAAUAUGUGCCGUGAGAAAAAAGUUAAAUAUUAAUUCUUUCGGCUGGCACUAUUUUUGCUUGUCUAGUAGUACGCUUUAUUGUAAAAGGAAUUGCAAACGGGUGAAGAGGUCAGGAAGGCGACCGCGGUAUAAGAGAGAGAAUUUGUAAUGCAACCCAGAGCGGUACCAAAGACAUCGACCCGAGGACGCACUCCUGAUAGCUCUAUUUGAUGACCUAUGACUAACGUGACGUAAUAAGAUGGAUUCCAAAGAUUGUGAUGGAGCGUUACUGGACGCCAAACAGAACUCAGAGAGCACGGACAACCACCAUAAAACACAAGACUCCCAGGUAGAGACGAAGGAGGAACAAGAUGGCCACAAGGAGAGGGAGACCUGGGAUACCAAACUGGACUUCCUGUUGUCCGUCAUUGGUUUUGCCGUGGAUCUGGCCAAUGUCUGGAGGUUCCCUUAUCUCUGCUACAGGAAUGGAGGGGGUGCCUUUUUAAUUCCCUACGUCCUGAUGUUGAGUGUGGCUGGGAUCCCGUUGUUCUAUAUGGAACUGGCCCUCGGUCAAUACAACAAAACCGGUGCAAUAACCUGCUGGGGACGGCUCUGUCCGUUAUUUAAGGGGAUCGGAUGGGCCGUAGUCCUGAUUGCGUUUUACACAGACUUUUUCUAUAACGUUGUGAUAGCGUGGUCCAUUCACUUCCUGUUUUCUUCCUUCACGUCUGAGCUUCCGUGGGCCACGUGUGGUCAUGAAUGGAAUACUGAGUAUUGUUACGAAGGCAAGCCCAGUGUGGCCAGUGGCAAUGGUAGCGAGUCCAACAGUACUUUGGAAGGAACUACUUUAUCUAAUCUAGUAUCUACAUUAGUAAAAGACGUCAACAGUACAAAUAGUACUAAUGUAACAGAGGAAGCGAGAAAAAUCUCUCCGGCGGAGGAAUACUUCAACAAUCGAUUCCUGCAGCUUGACAAAAGUGGGGGCAUCUUUGACGUUGGCUCCAUUAACUGGGAGAUCGCACUCUGCUUGUUAGCGGUCUACCUCAUUUGCUACUUCAGCCUCUGGAAGGGGAUAAAGAUGUCAGGAAAAGUCGUGUGGUUUACAGCUUUGUUUCCUUACGUGGUAUUAGCCAUCUUGAUGGUUCGCGGGGCGACGCUAGAGGGCGCUGGCAAAGGGGUCGAGUAUUAUCUCACCCCCAACUUUACCAGGCUAGCCAGUUCUAGUGUGUGGGUAGACGCCGCAACGCAGGUUUUCUUUUCUCUGGGGCCAGGCUUUGGGGUCCUUUUGGCAUUCGCCAGCUACAAUCAAAUCAACAAUAAUGUUUACAGGGAUGCCUUAAUCACUAGCUCCAUUAACUGUAUGACGAGCUUCGUCUCGGGAUUCGUGAUCUUCAUGAUACUUGGACACAUGGCGGAGACGGCCAACUUACCCAUCGAUAAGGUGGCUACAGAAGGUCCGGGUCUCGUUUUCGUUGUGUAUCCUGCUGCCAUAGCAACACUUCCGGCAGCACCCUUUUGGUCCAUCAUAUUUUUCCUGAUGCUUUUGACCUUGGGACUAGACAGUUCGUUUGGCGGGUCGGAAGCCAUCAUCACAGCUAUCUCUGACGAGUUUCCGGUCUUGAGGAAACACCGGGAGCUCUUUGUCGGGGCUCUGUUUGCUUUGUACAUGAUUGUAGGGCUCGCUUUCUGCACACAGGGCGGUGCCUAUGUGGUGUCCCUGAUGGACAGGUAUGCGGCAGGCUAUUCCAUUCUGUUUGCGGUGUUCUUCGAGAGUUUGGUGUUGUCGUGGGCUUACGGCGUUGAGAGAUUUUCAAACGAUAUUCGGACUAUGCUUGGUCACCCAGCAGGAAUUUACUGGAAAAUCUGCUGGAAGUUUGUAGCUCCUUUAUUCAUCCUGUGGAUCAUGAUUUUCGGCCUGGUUCAGUAUACCCCGCACAGUUACGAUGCCUACGUUUACCCGUGGGAGGCCAACUUCAUUGGUUGGUGUGUGGCCCUCUCCUCCGUUCUCUGUAUCCCUCUCUUCGCUGUCAUUGGAUUCAUCAGAGCCAGCGGCACGCCCUCUGAGCGGUUAAGAUUUCUCUUGACCCCGACCAAUGACAAAGCGAUCCAGGCGACGGCAGGAUACCACGUGGUUCGGAUGAACGGUGGAAUGGUAAUCGGAGAGAAGGUGUAGGAAUCUUCCGCAGCCAGUGUGCACUCCAAGUAGCGUGUCCGGAAUUAUCCGUAUGUUCUAUUCUAGUCCGGGGUCUAGUCAUGGGAAGAAUGAUAUGUAUGAAACGAUAGAACUAUCACUUCCGGUUUAAAGACACGAAAUAAUUAAUUCAUUCAUAGGAUGGAGUUGUGUUGUUUAGUUAAUGUAGGGAAACCUUUAUUAUUCUGGAAACUUUUUCCAUAACAGUCUAAGAAACUAUGUUAAGUCUUGAAAGUAGGUAGCAAGACAAACCGUCAGCACAACAGCCAAAUCAUGACCAAUUCACCUUCAUGGUACUUAGUUCGACUCUUUACUGAAACACAGAGAAACUCCUUAGUAUCUGUUUUAUACCUCAUCAGCACUGGCACGAUGUAUAUAUUGGAAGUGCCUUAUUUAUAAAAGAUUGGGAAAAUGUCAUGCACUUACUGAGUUACACAUUUCUUAUAAUAUACCUCAUUGUGGACUCAUUAUUAUAUAAUGGACCAUGUAUGUUCUUCGUUAUGAUUUAUGUAUUGUUAAUGGAAUGGUGCAAUAUUUGCGCGAAUUAUUAGGUUCUUGACGUCACUAGCAGACGACAAAUUGCUAUCGGCGUAGGUUUUCCCUUAACUCAUACAGAAAUACUCAUUGUCCUUCCGUAAUGCCACUUGUUAUUAUAUUUUAAGAAUGGUGGUAAUUCUCCUCAUCACUGUUCUACCGCAGACAUUAGACAAGACUAUACUGGACAGAUUCUUUUUUAUUGUUUGCAUUGUUAUGGAAAUAGAGAGAGUUUGAAAAAGAUUGUAAAGACAGUACCAAAAUGUGGCUAAGGAUAAAGAAACUACCUUCUAUUAAUUUGUUUUUGAGAAAGAAGAUGGUUUUUGAUUCACGAUAAAAGUAGCAACGUAGCUCUGUAUUUUGAAAUUUCUCAUGCAACUGGAAAUUUCAAUACGCACAAUGUUUAUAUAUAGCGUUGCUCUUUUGUCACAGAGUAACUUUGUUUGUAUUGACAAAACUCUGAUGAAAGUAUAUAUUGUCCCGUGUUUUGUACCAAGAUGUCUUAAUAUAAGGACUCGAAUGUUGUGUUAAUUCAUGUAUAGAUGUAUUAGAGGAAGUGUAUUGUGACCUGUGGUAAAGGAUAUAAUUGUUAUUGCAUAAUCUCUUAUAUAUUGUGAAUAUAUCAAUAAAACAAACAAAAA